UGUUAAAUCUAAUUUAUUUAGCAGUAUGACUUUUAUGUGGUAAUAUACAUAAACAAGCAUGUAAAUGUUCACUUUACAGACCCCGGUCAUCGGGGUGGGGGCUUCAAAUUGUACGCGUAUUGGACACAUCACGGCGUCCCACUCCAGCCCGUUGAUUUGUAAAAUAAUAACAAUUUAAUGGUUAGGAAUGACGUGUGAUGAUGAGGAUUCAGUUGUUAUUCAUUAUCACACCGUUGAUUUAUUCGACCUUUCAACAAAUCAAAUAUAUGAAUCAAUUGCUAUUAUUAUAAUUAUAAUUAUUUGCUUAACAACAACAGCACCACACCACACCACAAUGAGUUAUUACAACCAGCAACAACCGCCCGUCGGAGUUCCUCCGCCUCAAGGUUAUCCGCCGGAGGGAUACGGGAAGGAGGGAUAUCCGCCGCCGGGUUAUCCACCACAACAAGGCUAUCCUCCACAGGGAUACCCUCCACCGGGCUAUCCACCACAACAUGGCUAUCCUCCCCCUCCAUAUCCAGCGCAGGGUUAUCCUCCGCCAUAUGCUCCUCAAUACGCUCAACCCCCUCCUCAUCAACAUAAUUCUGGGGGCUCUGGUUGCUUAGAAGGCUGUUUGGCUGCUCUAUGCUGCUGCUGCCUAUUGGAUGCCUGCUUCUAAGAAGAAUUUACUCUGCACAAAUUGGAUUGAAGUGUGUUUUAGCAUUGAGCUCAAUGAUAAUUGUUUCUAGUUUCUUCUUUUCAUUGUGUUGCCCCUUGUUGACUGUUUCUUUUUAUAAGUAAAUAAAUAAUAUGAACUAUUGCUUCUCAAGGACAACUCUGCUAAACUCACAGGCUUUGUAUUGUUAACAAGUUAAAUUCUUUGUUCUUUAAUUUUC